UUGGCCCUCCGACUCCAAUUCCAACCAACGGCGAACCCGACCUUCAUCGCCACCCUCGGCCUGCACGACGACCGCCUUGGCCCCGGAUACAUCUCGUAUCCCGCCGCGAUCUCAAUCCCCUUUUCCCUCGCCCAUCACCCCAUGACGAACAUAUUCGCCGACAUCAUGGAGGCGCCAUCACGUUACAGGGAGCCCGUUGGCCUCCCCAGCAUCCAUAUAGAACCAAACCCAAGAUCAUCCGACCGGCCAGAGUACGGCAUGUACUCGUCUUCGGCAGCUCGAUCUAUUCCCGGCUCGGACAGAGGGCCCGUCGACGCUCCUCCGCCGCUACCUCCCCCGCGAUUGCCGUUCGAGCCACACAACACCAUGUACCAAGAACCCAGGCAAUGGCACCGCGAUCCAUCAUCUUACAGCCCUAGGGACGCCAGUGGCUACGGGAGCAUGAACAGCUUCGACGAGAGACCGAACUACAAGGGAGCUGGUCACAGACACGAAAGAGACGAGGGAUACGCAAGCAUGAGCUCUGGCUCUUCUAGAUCUGAAUGCUCCUUGCCCAGUAUCGCCGCAGGUUUCGGACUUCACCACAACAAGUUCCAGUUCCAAUCUGGCGCCGAUGCCUUCACCGACAUGAAGAAGAAGCUCGACCCCCUCAAGACUUUUGAUAACAAAAUGAACGUGUCUCUGCUCAGCGCCUCUAGCGCCUCUGCUACUGAUCCUUUCACGAGAAGGUUGUCCGGUGACCAGCGCGCAGCUCCGCUUUCCCUCCCUACCACGAACCUGCCGUACCACCUCAAGACAAAUAUGUUGGAUUCGCCCGACAGGCUCACACAAACCCCCCAAUCCGCUGUCUCGCCAUCCCCGAGAAGUCAGCCAUUCCAUCUCGGCGACUACCGGUCACCCCGUUCCGUGUCAGACCUCGACAGGUCACCGCCUCAAAGGUCGAGAAGAAACAACAGCGACGAUGCGUCUUCGCAUUCAUACGAGGUGGAGGAUAUGGAAAUGGAAGAGACAAACUCCAUGAAGAGAUUGCGUAUCGAGGACCCUAUGCGAGCCCACUACGAUGGCGCGGGGGCAAAGCGCCGCGCAUCCGCGGACCCCGACGACAGCGUCCCCAUUGGCUUCACAACUCAGGGCGAUCUGAUGCGUCGCCGGGAUGGCAACUCGAGAGGUUCACCGACGCCCCGGCUUAGCGCCAUUCCUCAAGGAUCCGUCUCUUCGGUAUCCUCCAGCGGACGUGCCGGCUCCUACAGCUCCAACCUGUCGCUUCUCACCGGCAGCAUCGCCAGCAUGAACACAUCCUACGGACGCGUUUCCCCUGGUGGUCUCUCGCCCGGCGGCAUCUCGCCUAAUGGCACCGAUCCCAGCUGUAGCUCACCUUACAGUGCGUCGAUGUCUUUGAACCCUUCGCCUCGAGGUUCUCUGUCCCGCGCUCCGCACCAGAGGACCAUCAGCGAAAGCCGGCCUUUGGCUUCCCCCCGCAAGCUUGCCGAAGUGAGCAAGCCCGGAAACGCAAAGAUUUCCGGCUUCUUCAUGUGCGACUGCUGCCCCAAGAAGCCGAAGAAGUUUGAGACGCCGGAAGAACUACAGGCUCACGAAUCAGAGAAGCAAUACGAAUGCUCAUUCUGUGGAAACCGGUUUAAGAACAAGAACGAGGCGGAACGUCACCAGAACAGUCUGCACGUGCGUAGACACAGCUGGAGCUGCUCUGCUCUGAACAGUUACGACCGAGCCUUCCACGACAGUACCAACCGUCCUGGCGAAGCCGACAGUUGUGGCUAUUGCGGCGAGGAGUUCCCCCGCAACGGCCGAGGACCCGGGGCGACGGCACCUCGCCACGCCACGGACCAGGAUUGGGAAGAGCGCAUUCGCCAUCUCCAGGAGGUUCACAAGUUCCGCGAGUGCAACGCCAGCAAGAAGUUCUACCGUGCGGAUCACUUCCGACAGCACUUGAAGCACAGCCACGCUGGAACAAGUGGCAAGUGGACCAACAUGCUCGAGAACGCCUGCAUGUUGGAUGAGGAUCCUACUCCGAGGUAG